GACUUUUGCUAAGCCCCGGGGAUGGCGCGUGUCAGGCCCAGAGUGCUGAUGUCAGCGCGGAUCCGAGCCAGGCCUCGGGGGACUGGCGUUCAGAUGCUCGCAUCUCUAACAAUUUGAGCCUUACUCUAAGGUGUGGUCACGGUCCCACCCACCCUGAUCUCAGACUGGGCACGGUGCGGGAGGAGGGCGGAUGAGGCCUCGCCCUCGCCUCUUUAGUAGGUCGGGUGAGUGUAGUGUGCAGGGAAGAGACGUGUCAGCGUCAGCGCCAGGGCCAGGCCCGCCCGGGAGCAGCCGGGCAGCCGGAUCUUGGGCUACUGUGUCCCAACAGCCGGAGCGGAUCAGACCGACAGGCCCUGCCCGCUCGGUCCCGCGUCGUCCAGACCCUACGGUCUCCGUUUCUAGGGGCACAUGGUUAGCGGCAGACGCCCACAGCCAAUCCACUCUGCCAGCCUGCCCCUUCCUCUGCCAAGAGCAGCUUCUUCAGCCGCGCUACAGUUCCGCAGACGCCUGCCCCACCCUGCCCUUCCCUUCCAGGGAAGACCGAUCACGCGGCCAAGAACGAGACUCGCAAACUGGGCAUUUCUCCGAGCCGGGCUGGAGCAAGUAGCGAGACUCCUUGUGAGAGUGGGAAGGAGCCUUAACAGGCAACCAUGUGGCCCAAUGGGUUUUCUGUGCCUUUGGGUGCGGACCAAUGAGGCAUGUGGGGCGGGACUUCCGCUUCGCCUCGGUGUUGUCGUCCCUGCUCCUACUCCGGGCUGUGGGGGUCGGUGCGGAUAUUCAGUCAUGAAGUCAGGGUAGGGACUUCUCCCGCAGCGACGCGGCCGGCCGGCGAGACUGUUUGUGUUGCGGGGGCUGGACUUCAAGGUGAUUUUACGACGAGAUGCUGCUCUCAAUAGGGAUGCUCAUGCUGUCAGCCACACAAGUCUACACCAUCUUGACCGUUCAGCUCUUUGCAUUCUUAAACCUACUGCCUGUAGAAGCAGACAUUUUAGCAUAUAACUUUGAAAAUGCAUCUCAGACAUUUGAUGACCUCCCUGCAAGAUUUGGUUAUAGACUUCCAGCUGAAGGUUUAAAGGGUUUUUUGAUUAACUCAAAACCAGAGAAUGCCUGUGAACCCAUAGUGCCUCCACCAGUAAAAGACAAUUCAUCUGGCGCUUUCAUCGUGCUAAUUAGAAGACUUGAUUGUAAUUUCGAUAUAAAGGUUUUAAAUGCACAGAGAGCAGGAUACAAGGCAGCCAUAGUUCACAAUGUUGAUUCUGAUGACCUCAUUAGCAUGGGAUCCAACGACAUUGAGGUACUAAAGAAAAUUGACAUUCCAUCUGUCUUUAUUGGUGAAUCAUCAGCUAAUUCUCUGAAAGAUGAAUUCACAUAUGAAAAAGGGGGCCACCUUAUCUUAGUUCCAGAAUUUAGUCUUCCUUUGGAAUACUACCUAAUUCCCUUCCUUAUCAUAGUGGGCAUCUGUCUCAUCUUAAUAGUCAUUUUCAUGAUCACAAAAUUUGUUCAGGAUAGACAUAGAGCUAGAAGAAACAGACUUCGUAAAGAUCAACUUAAGAAACUUCCUGUACAUAAAUUCAAGAAAGGAGAUGAGUAUGAUGUAUGUGCCAUUUGUUUGGAUGAGUAUGAAGAUGGAGACAAACUCAGAAUCCUUCCCUGUUCCCAUGCUUAUCACUGCAAGUGUGUGGACCCUUGGCUAACUAAAACCAAAAAAACCUGUCCAGUGUGCAAGCAAAAAGUUGUUCCUUCUCAAGGUGAUUCAGACUCUGACACAGAUAGUAGUCAAGAAGAAAAUGAAGUGACAGAACAUACCCCUUUACUUAGACCUUUAGCUUCUGUCAGUGCCCAGUCAUUUGGGGCUUUGUCGGAAUCCCGCUCACAUCAGAACAUGACAGAAUCUUCAGACUAUGAGGAAGAUGACAAUGAAGAUACCGACAGUAGUGAUGCAGAAAAUGAAAUUAAUGAACAUGAUGUCGUGGUCCAGCUGCAGCCUAAUGGUGAACGGGAUUACAACAUAGCAAAUACUGUUUGACUUUCAGAAGAUGGUUUAUUUCCCUUUAAAAUGUUUAGGUAAUAUACUGUAAUUUGAUUUUUUUGCUCCCUUCAAAGAUUUCUGUAGAAAUAACUUAUUUUUAGUAUUCUACAGUUUAAUCAAAUUACUGAAACAGGACUUUUGAUCUGGUAUUUAUCUGCAAGAGUGUACUUCAUUCACUAAUAAUAGACUGGUGCUGUAACUCAAGCAUCAAUUCAGCUCUUCUUUUGGAAUUAAAGUAUAGCCAAAACAUUAAAAAAAAAAAAAUCCUCAGUAUAGCUUGCAAUUAAGACCUAGAUCACAGUAUUUAAAUGUUUUGUGUUUUAUACAUGAGGUCAGUGCGACAGCCACCUAGCAUGAACUAACCCAGCUUCCACCUCCAUAAAGUUACCUAGAGUUGUUGAGUUGGAGUAUGUUCUGGCAUUUACCUGACCUGCCAAUCAUUAGGGAGAGGCAACAAGGUAACUCAGCCUUUCCUCCUCCUAUCAGCACAAAGAAACUCAAAGCUGUAUUUUCCCUUUCUGUUCCAAAGCAGUCUUAUCCUGACAGGAGCGGUCUAUACUAGUGCAGAUUUCAACACUUUUUUUUUAAUGUUUUAAUUACUAUAGUGUUAUGUAGAGAUUUGAUUCAGCAGCUAAUGUUUCUGAACUUUACUUAUUAAUUUUCAGUGUCCUUAAGGGUUUUGUGGUGUUAUCAAAGCAAAAAGAAAAUGCUGCAUAAAAAUACCAAACUUCAGCAACUGUUAAUGCUCAGAUCAUAUACCUCUUAAUAAAUAGCAUCUUAUGCUAAUUAGCCCUGCUAAACUAUGUACAGAGGAAAUUGUUCAAGUAUUGGAUUUGAAAGUAAGUGACUUAUGUUUAACAGAACUAAUGAUGUAUUGAAACACUGUAUUAUGAAAAGCUAAAUUAUAUACAUCAUUGUAACUAUGUAGAAAAUGUAGACUAAUGUAUAAUCAAAAUGCUAAGGAUUUUUAUAUGGCCUUGUAUGAGGGGAGUUUGAAUGUUAAUAAACAUGUUUUCCACUUUAAGAUCCA